AUUUUAUCAACUCGAAGUAUAAAUUUAAUUUUCAAUUAUCGUGUAAAUAUGUAAGCUGUAAUUGUAACAUAAUUUCAUCAAGAAGGUCUGAGAAUAAAUAAAAAUAUCGGUGAUUAUUUGUCUUUGCAUGAAGGAAAAAUGCUGCUGGAGUUCUUAACAUUGCCCCACAGAUUUAUAUUCAUUGUUGAAAAGUGACGUCGCUAAUCACUAUUUCAUCUCAACCAUGUCACAUUGCGAUGCAUGCAACGAAGAAGGAGAUUUCUCCUUUUCCAUCCAAGUGCACAGCUUCCCGAGAAACGGCUGGGUGCGCAAGCGAUGGAUCCAGGCAGUGCAGGAUGUGAUAGAGGGUUGGACACCAAAGGAAGACUCGGUAAUUUGCUCCAAGCACUUCAGAGACACUUGUUACAAGAAGCCUGACCCUGUGUUAGGUAAUACUGGUAGGAAUUGUCGAGCACUCAGGGAUGAUGCUGUGCCGACGAUCUUCAAGACCACCAAGAAGAUGACUCGUGUACGAAGCCAUCAGGAAAAUGAACGGCUGAGAUUACUAGAGAAACAAAUGCGCUUUGUUAUGGGUGAACGAGAGGCCAGGGCUAGAAAAAACGAUACAGGUUCAAAUAAAGAAGUCGAGGAGGAGUUACAGCCCCAGGUCACACGAUCUACAGUCAAGCAACAUCAGAUAAAAAGUGAGAUGGAUACCGAUGUUGGUGCAGUGAGUGAUGAGGGACUCUCUGGAGUAUGUACUCAAGAAGUUCAGGAAGAUGAAAAGAGUAAAGAAGAACCUGUUGCCUUAAAGCACGAAGACAAGGACAGGACUCCUGUAACCUUCUUUGAAGGUGAUCUAAAUCUUCCACUGAGGAAUGUGUAUGAGCAGAUUGCCAAGAUAAAAGAAGAGAGAGCCGCGAGAGCUUCGAUGGACCAAGACAGAAGAGAAGGAGUAGAUAAAUGGUGGUCUACAACAUCACAAGAUUUCGGGACAAAGCUUGAUACUUUUGUGCAGCAGCUUGAGAUCAGUCGGAGUAAUAUCCCUGUGACCUUUGACCCUUCAGAAUCCAGGAUGCUAAGCAUGCUGGGUGAUAGUCAGGAGACUGUCAGGUUGAAGGAAGAGUUGACUGUUCCUUGUCUUGGGAAGAUAUACUCUGCCAACCAUCGCCCUCUGUGUCCCAAUUGCGGCAGUGUUUUGGAGGACAUGACGGAGGUUGUCCAGCACAUGUGCAAGUUCAAGAGAAAAGCUCUAACAAAGUGGAGGUUUGGCCACAUCCCUGAUAUCGUCUUCAUUAAGAACAAGAAAUGGAAGCACAUACAGAGCACGGGCGUAGGCAAAGCGAAGAAGAAGACAAAAAUGCCCGAGAUGGCUUCAGGGCUCGUGGAUGUCUUUGAUAUGCAAGACACCAACAGAUUGUCCGGCAGGCCUUUCACACGGGAAAGUGUUAAGACAGAGACUAAAAUAAAGAAAGGAAAACAAGAUUGUAACCUGUGGAAAAAGCUGAGAAUGAAACAGAAGACCAAAGUGUCAUCAAAGAAAGUGGCCAUCAUGAAGAAGAAGGAGAAGACAAAGAAGAAAAAGAUGAAAAAGAAAAAGAAGAAGAAGAAGAAGAAGAAGGAUGACUUAAAGGGGCACCAUAGAGGGCUGGAGAUGUGCAGCAAGGCCAGAUCAGGAUGCAAGUCUUUACUUGAACAAUCUCUGGAGGACAUAAUGACAGAAAAGAGAGGGGAAGAAAAGAUGAACGAUUAUAGAAAUAACUCUGGUGUACUAACGCAGGAGGCAGCUGUAGAUCUGCUAUUUUCUGGCCUUGAAUCGCAAGGGCUCAUAACAGUGAAGAAGGAGCCUGUUGAUCCUGAGUAUACGCUGCAAUCCGAUGGGGGUCACUCACAAAACCAACCGAUUGCCAACAACGUCAAUGCUCCGCAGGUGUACCCAGUGAGCAUUAUUCCUUCGUCUCUCCUCUUAACAAGCUUGAACUCCGCCGCCUGUCCUGAGAGCAACGAGUCCCUAGACCUGGACGAAAGAUUGUUCCAAGCUUCCUCCCUGAUGGGUUCGUUUCCUGACCCAGCCUUCCUGUCUCCAGUGCAAUACGAGAAUCCUGGUGCUGCCAAGUGCCCCAGGUGUGACUUUUGGUGUGAGAGCGAAAAGGAGCUUGGCUGGCAUCAGUGUCUGGACUCUUCAUCAGCUCUACCUGUAGGAGGAGGGGUGGACGGAGGAGGGGUGCAAGGAGGAGGUGGUGGUGAUGCAGGUGGUGGUGGUGGCGGAAUCAUAUUGGGUGACGGUAUGAUCAUAAAGGCUGAACCGAUGGAUGAUAGAUGACAGAGGAGGGAUGAGGAGAGGACAAGGAUGAUUGAAACCACUGAUCCCUCAUCUCUUUCUCUCUAGUACUCUGUGUACGCAUGGUGAUCUUAUGAUGGUGGAACAUGACAUGAUCAAGGCUGUUUUAUGGGGGAAAACUAGAUCACCAGGUCAUUAAGUUUCUCCAAGGACAUAGAACCGCUAAUCCCUUGCUUCUUGCUCUCUAUCUGCCUGUGAAUAUUAGUGAAGUUAUUAGUUCAAACCUGACCAAGAAUCUUUGUUGGAGGAAGACCAGGUCAUCAGAUCACAUCAUCUUUCUUAAAGAACAUGGACCCACCAUCAUUCACUCCUCACCCUUUCUCUGCAUGAAAAGUGGUGAAGUUGCGAGUUCUGAUCUGACUAAGGAUCUCUGGUGGAGGAAGACCAGGGGGUGUUUCACAAAGACUAAGAUCGACUUUAAGUUGGACUUAACUAUGGCAGGCCAUUAAUGCCGCAAUUUUCUCUCACCAU